UUCCUUUCAGCAUCUCAAGAGGAAAGAUCCAUUUUGUCUAGGAAUAAGCAAUUUCCAGAGGACAGCCCCAAUGACAGAACUGUCUGCGCAUUUACCCCAGUUUCAGCAUGGGCAGCUGACAGAAAACUUCCCUGAUAACCACCUCAGCAACACCGUGUUACUGACUUUUUAGCUUCAGAAUUUUCACUUUUAACUAUGUCUGAGGAAAGUGAAGAGUCUGUUCCUUUGCUUCCACUUCAGCAAGAGUCCAUGGCCUCUGCCCUGUUUAAUACUGAUCAGAAUGACCACAGCGAAAGACGUCGUCAUGAUAAUAGCGAGCGCAGAAGAAAUGACAAUCCCGAGUCUGAGACCAACGGGCAGCCACAAAACAACACUCAGCAAGUGGUGGAGCAAGAUGAAGAUGAUGAUGAGGAGCUGACACUGAAAUAUGGGGCAAAACAUGUGAUUAUGUUGUUUGUACCUGUCACACUUUGCAUGGUGGUCGUUGUUGCAACCAUCAAGUCUGUCAGCUUUUAUACACGCAAGGAUGGACAGCUCAUCUACACUCCUUUCACAGAAGAGACAGAGACAGUAGGACAGAGAGCCCUGAAUUCAAUUCUCAACGCGGCUAUCAUGAUCAGCGUUAUCAUUGUCAUGACCAUACUCCUGGUUGUGCUUUACAAAUACAGGUGCUACAAGGUGAUCCAUGGCUGGCUUAUCAUUUCUUCUCUUUUGCUGCUUUUCUUUUUCUCAUUCAUCUACCUGGGUGAGGUUUUUAAGACUUAUAAUGUUGCCAUGGACUACAUUACGGUGGCACUCAUGAUCUGGAACUUCGGUGUUGUGGGAAUGAUUUGUAUUCAUUGGAAGGGUCCACUUCGGCUCCAGCAGGCAUAUCUCAUUAUGAUAAGCGCUCUCAUGGCCUUGGUGUUCAUUAAGUACCUUCCUGAAUGGACUGCGUGGCUUAUCUUGGCUGUCAUUUCAGUGUAUGAUUUGAUUGCUGUUCUGUGUCCUAAAGGUCCUCUUCGUAUGCUAGUUGAAACAGCUCAAGAGAGAAAUGAAACUCUCUUCCCAGCACUUAUUUACUCCUCAACAAUGAUCUGGCUAGUGAACAUGGCUGAGGAAGAUCCAGAAGCCCAACGGAAAGCUUCCAAAAACUCCACUUAUGAUAAACAAGCUCCGGCAAACCAGACUCGGAAUGAAGAUGCUGAAGCAGAUGAUGGUGGCUUUAGUCAGGAAUGGCAGCAACAAAGGGACAAUAGAAUAGGACCCAUUGAAUCAACGCCUGAAUCUCGUGCUGCUGUUCAGGCUCUACCCAGUAACUCUCAAACAAGUGAAGACCCCGAAGAACGAGGAGUAAAGCUAGGUUUAGGAGACUUCAUUUUCUACAGUGUCCUUGUUGGCAAAGCUUCUGCAACAGCAAGCGGGGACUGGAAUACAACUUUAGCAUGUUUUGUAGCCAUAUUAAUUGGUCUGUGCCUUACACUUCUGCUCCUUGCCAUCUUUAAGAAGGCCUUACCAGCUCUUCCAAUCUCCAUAACCUUUGGGCUAGUUUUUUACUUUGCUACAGAUAACUUGGUGCAACCCUUUAUGGACCAGCUAGCGUUCCAUCAGUUUUAUAUCUAGCACACUUGAUGCUGGUAUUCUAUGGAUAUUUGUAGCAAAUCUGGGAGGAGGAAAAGUGUUUUUCCCUCAGUUCUCAAGUGAGACUGACGUUUAAUACUCAAGAUUCCAAGCCUGAAUCAUUACAACUUCCUCCAAUGGUGGUUUGUUUUGGUUUUUUUCUUGAGACAACUGCUGCACUGGGCACCAUACGAAUUUUCCUGUGUGAAAGUGGCUUCUUCCUGAUGGCUGGUCUAAACCGGGUGCUAUUAUAUCAGAGGUAAUCUGAUAUACAUAUCUCUGGUAAGGGCCACCUUUGUGAAAAUUGCUAAUGCUUCCACCAGCAAUGUGAUCUCUUACCACAGGUUGAUUAUUUUCACAGCAUUAAGGGUGCUCAGGACUUCUUUGAUGUUAACAGAGGAAGCUGACAAAUCACAUGGAACUUGCCCCUGUAACCGCUUGAAGAGAGAGAACCCAAUUCAGACUUCUUCAGCAGUGAUUUUUUGACAGUGGAGUCCUGACUCUGCUUUGUGUAAGGAGAAAGGACUUUGUAGCAAUUGACAAAGGGAGAAAGUACUGUCACUCAAAGAGUGCUCCACCACUUCAUAGCCUCUGUGCCUGAGUGUGCUUGGUUUAGUAAAUUUAAAAGCUUUUUUUUUUCACACUGGAACUAGAGCCUCUUCUCAGUUUUAAUACUUUGUAUCCUCAAGCAUGGAGUGCACCUUCUGUACACCUGCUCCAGUUUAUGUAGCUACUUAGACUUGGACUGAAUUAUUUGGCAUUAGUGGAUCAUAAGGUCCUAAUUUGGGUCUUAGAUUCUAAAAGGUUAAUUAAAAAGCAAUUUCAGGACUUACUCUUUGUGCUCUUGCAAAUCAUUUUGCUAGAACACCAUUUCAAACCCUGUCUUUGAGAAUAGUCACUAACAGCACGGACUGCAUUGUUGGUAUAUGUUCCUUCUAUUGAAAUUCUUAUGAAAUAAGUAGACAUUUGCAGCAAUCCCAGAUGGAGUUUAGCUUGCCAGAUCUAGAGGCCAAAGUGCUAUUAGUAGCGCUUCUAAUGCAUCACAGAAAUUUGUCCUCUUCAAAAGUGUGGUUUACAGUUCUGUUGACCUGAAGUAUUGGUCACUCAACCGUCUAACACCUCAGGAUGGGCAGGGAUUUUUUUUUUCAUGCAGUAUCUUUAUUGGUGAGGAUACUUAAGUUAGGUGAGACAUUACUUAAUGUUACCAAGGAACAAAAUUUGUGGCCCUCUUCACUUUAAUUACCUCUCCCGUGAGGAGUCGAAGACUGGAGAAAUGAAAGACAGCUCAAAAUCACUGAAAAGAAGAUACGAGAUUUUGAACUUCUUAUAAGAAAAAGAAUCGACUCAAACCUUAAAACUGCUAAACUCUGAUUUCUUCUUCAUUUGAAAGAACUCAUUUAUGAAUAAUUGCUUGGAAAUGAGACUUGUGUGAGAUGAAGUUGUUUUUGCCGUAGGCUCUUACUCUGUACAAGUCACUUUUUUUCUGAGGGAAGCAUAAGGAGUGGAUACUAUUGACGGGCAUUCCGUUUUACUUGCAUCUUGAUACUGGAGUCCUUGCCAAGUAGAACAACUGUCAAAAUCCUGACGCAAGCUCCUUUUACCUUUUUUCUGGGGCUUUGUUUCAGUGCCUAUAGAUUCAAAGGACUGAGAAGUCACAGAUGCUCACCAACCAUUGCCCAAAUAAGGGAAGAAAGGCUGUCGUGUAAAUCUGCUUUAAAACCAAGGAAGGCUUACUUUGAUUGUCCUGGGAAACGUCUGUCUCUUCCAGUAUGACUUGCUAACUGUAGUGUUAGCAUUUACAUUUUCAUAAAAUACAUUGUCUUGUCUCCUCUAAAGUACUUUUAUUCAUCUCAUUUGUGUGCUGUUUCGUCGUGGAUAGCAUUAAUAAACUAACCAUAUCAAAACUGCUUACACUGACUUUUCAAGUCAAACUUGCUUGUGUUUUCUAGCUUAAAUCACUGUUCCAUAUUUUGCUGCAAUGAAGCCUGACUUAAAACAGGUUGGUUGGGUUUUUUUGAUUUUUUUACAAGACUUUGAGUUGUUUUUAUACUAUUGUAACUUGUCCCUUUCCUGAGCAUUAUAUCUACGAAAAUUCCCUUGUGUAUUUUAUUGGGCAUCCUAACUAUUGUUUCAUUGUAUAGAACAGGUUUGCUAAGAGUUGGCAUCACUAGCAUCUGUUUGCAUAUCUGAGCCGACUCUGAGUUAAGAGUUGUUACUUCAAUGCAGCAGUCAUCUUUAUUGUUUGUUUUUUGGCUUAAAUAUGCACCAUGGGAGCACUAGCUCCAUUAAGAGUUGCUUUAGAAUCUAUAGAAAUGCACAAAAGCCUUUCCACGUACUUGAAUGGGUGUUAGAUGUACAACCCAAGGAAGAGCUCAGAAUCUUCAAACACUAAAUUGCCGGUCUUCCACUCCCCAGAGCUGCUUUUGCUAUCCUGAAGUUUUAAUUUCUGAGCUAGUGUGGAGUUACAGUAGUGGAGACUAUAAAAUUUAUAUUCACAGAAACUGUUUAAGUUUAUGUAUUUGAAUCUCAAAAUAAAUUCAGAAGGGAAAUUGCUUUUCAAGCCCAGGCCAAUAUAUGUUAAAGUACACUGCUUAUUACCAAGUCUUACAAACACCUUCAAAAACCAGAUGACAUUUUCUGUAUUUGCCCUCUUAUGCCAAAUCAUGGUAUCUUAUGUUCCAAAUGACAUCUUGCAACUAAAGAUCCUCUCAGUACUUGGGUCCAUAAGGUUCAGUUGAGAAUAGUUUUUGUUUGCAUUUGGGUUGUUACUACAUAAGCAUGAAGGUUGUGUCGCUUUCCUCUCCUUUGUCUUAAAACACCAAUCUAAUUUGAGUUCGUGAACCAUUUCAGCUUGGUUAGCUUGGUAUAACUGAAAGAAUUCUGGUAUGUAGUCUGCAUUUUUGAGAGAGUUUGUUAUUACUAAAUUAGUAUGUUAAUGACAGCACAUUAGACUGUAGCUCUGAAAGAACUAUUGUGUAACCCUAGUAGCUAGAUUCAUCUCUUUUGUGCCCAAGCAGACUGACUGGUAACUGUUGUGUGACUGUUUCAGUAAUCAUACUUUGAAACUGGAUAUCAUGGUAGCUUUCUCUCCCCUUUCAGCUUACAUCAAUGAUUAGUCUCCUCCUUUAGCUAAGCUUCAAAUAAGUAAAUGAGAAAACAAAAUACUGAGUUACAGAUUUGCCUAAAAACCAGCCGCUUUCGUUUCUCCUUUUUUUUUUUUCUGUUGGGGGAUUUAAUCCAGUGCAAAAAAGAGAGAUCCCUGGAAGCUGGUCUUACAGCAAAGGCGUAUGAUGCUGUCAUAUCUCUGUAUGGCUAUUAUGGUGGCACUCAAAUUCAAACGUCAUCUGUGCGAGGUGAGUCUUGAAGGUACGCACAUGAUAUUGCAACACAUUCAGAAUGGUUCUGACUGGGCAGAUGAUGCCUUCUUUGAGCCAAAUAAUCAAGGGCUGUGCUCCACUAAAAAUGGCUAAUCUCCUCAAUGUACAAAGCAGACCGUGACUAUUUCAGGCAUAGGAGACUGGUGCUUCUUGGAUAUAUAGAUAUAUAUCUGUACCUAAAGAGAUGUAGAUGAUAUGUAUUACAUGUGCUCUGGGCCUGUAGAUGACAACUGUUCUGCCAUUAGUGCAGUCAAGAAUUAAAUAUGCAGAAGUACAUUUUGGGUGGAUGGUACUGUAUGACGAAACUUCUCGAAAUGCUUUAUUUAAAAAAAAAAAAUUACUUUUGGCAGUGAUGCUGUUGAAAUGAGUUUAAUAGACUGUGGAACAUGUCUGCACUGUGAUUGCAUCUCAGUGGUAACUUGGUCAUUGGGAACGCUGAAACAUGAACUAGAAUGGAAUUCUUUUACACUCAAAGCAUUUGCUGUUUUCUUUUUUACCAACACUGGUUUGUACAUAAUCUGAAUUGAAUGUGAAUGUUUUUUAAACACCUUUCCGGUUCUUGAUAAGAUACGUUUUUGAUAGAUUAUUGCAAAUUUUCCUGUAUUUGUCUAAUUAUUAAAAUAAAAGUUGCAUGGAUCCUGA